AUGGGCCGAGUUCUUCUCAAGGUUAUCAUUCUAGGCGAUAGUGGGGUCGGUAAGACCUCGCUGAUGAACCAGUAUGUGAACAAACGAUUCAGCAACCAGUACAAAGCAACCAUCGGCGCAGACUUCUUGACGAAGGAGGUCAUGGUCGAUGACCGUCUGGUCACCAUGCAGUUGUGGGACACUGCGGGUCAGGAGCGCUUCCAGUCCCUAGGUGUUGCAUUCUACCGCGGCGCAGAUUGCUGUGUCUUAGUAUACGAUGUCAACAGCUCCAAGUCGUUUGAGACUCUCGAUAGCUGGCGCGACGAAUUCCUUAUCCAAGCGAGCCCACACGAUCCAGAGAACUUUCCAUUCGUCGUGCUCGGUAACAAGAUUGAUAUGGAGGAGAGCAAACGACAAGUUACCCAGAAGCGCGCAAUGACAUGGUGCCAGUCCAAGGGCAACAUCCCCUACUUCGAGACAUCCGCGAAGGAGGCCAUCAAUGUCGAGCAGGCAUUCCAGACGGUCGCGAAGAAUGCUCUUCAGCAGGAAGCAGAGGAGCAACUAUACGUUGACUACCCUGAUCCUAUCAGAAUCGAUUCAGAGAGCACACGGAGUUUCGGGUGCUGUUCUUAA